GUCAACACUGCACACUCCCGCCCCAGCCGCUCCUGCCUCAACGCUCCCUCCCUUACUCUCACUCUCACUCUCGCACGCUUCUACAUUCGUUCACCCUUAGUUCUUCUUCUUUACGUGACAUCUUCCUUGUGUGUUUCCGGAAAGGGGAAGACUGUGAAGUGUUUUGUUUGAUUAUUAGUUAUAUAUUCGUGUGUCCUGGUACGGCGACUCAGAUUAAGCCAUGGUUUUGAAGGGUGCCGGAGCGGUUUUGCUGGCCCUGCUGGUGGCUGUAGCGGCGGAGGAGUGGUCUUGGGGCCCUGAUGAGAGCGCCCAGCCUGACCCUGACCCCGGCCCUGUCCCCGAUGCCUCCCUCACCCCUGAAGGCAAAGAGGAACCCGCCGAAGAGAGUGACCGUCAGGCGAGGUUCCUUGGUCUCGAGAAUAAGUUGUGCGCGUUGGGAAUCGGCAUAAACUGUCCCGGCAAAAAGCACUUGGACACCUCGCUGCCGCAGAAAGCCUCCAGCAGCUACACGUCCUACAACCAGCCAGGUGUUCACGCCGACAACCAGGUGACCAGCUCCUACACCAGCUACUCCGCCCCUUCAACCGGCCGCCAUCCCUCACCUCAACAUCCCCAAUUCAAGCCACCCCCACACCACCACAACCAUUACCACCAGGAGGAGGUUGUUCAGCAUCACCAUGAGCACACACAUAUCCACCACACGGCUGGGGGUGUUCCGGUUGGCCCCCAUCAACCUAAUAUACCCCAGCAGGGAAAUUUCAAGCCUCUGCCCCCUUCCCACGGUAACUUCAACCCCCUGCCUCCCUCCCACGGUGGUUUCAAUCCCUCUUCGCCCCACCCCCACCCUCAUCCUCCUCACCAUGGCCCCGUUGACAUAGAGACAGUCGUCCCCCAUGGAACACCCGGUAUCCCACUCCUCACCCCGGGGUACAGGGAGGAGUGUCUGUGUGUGCACGCCUCGCUCUGUGGCGAAUUCGACAUAGUUGGGCGUGAGGAGCCCGGAGACAUCCUCCACCUGAUCAACCCUCGCACACGCGGCGCUGAUAUUCUCUCCAACGACACGGUGGUUGAGGAUGAGGAGGUCGAUGCCAACACCACCACCACCACCACGACUACUGAGGCCCCGGAGGCUGAGGGCCGUGUCAAGAGGGACCUCCUGCCUGGUAACAACACAGCCGCCUUGGCCGAGGGGCGCGCCCUCCGCUACAGGCCUGGCGAUGCGGGCUGCGGGGCUGCCUACGUGUGCUGCCGCAACCCUCUCCCUCCCCACCGGCCCGUACACACCCCCUACACCUGCGGCCGCGGCAACCCUAGCGGUGUGUUGGCUAGGGUCAAGAACCCUGCGUACGUCCCAGGCACGGCUGCCUUCGGAGAGUUCCCGUGGCACGCCGCUGUACUCAAGAACUACGAGGAGUACGUGUGUGGAGGCGUGCUGGUGGACGACCGCCACGUGCUGACCGCCGCCCACUGCGUGCACGGACUGGCCACACACGACCUCAAGGUGCGCCUCGGGGACUGGGACGUGGCCGCCACCACCGAGUUCUACCGCCACGUGGAGCUCCCGGCUGAAUGGGUCGUCGUCCACCCCGAGUACUACGGCGGUGACCUCAGCAACGACCUGGCAGUUAUUAGGCUGAAGGGUUACCUCGACUUUGCUGCCAACCCCCACAUCGUCCCCGUCUGCCUGCCCCCCGCCUACGCCAGCUUCGUGGGCCAGCGAUGCGUGUCCACGGGCUGGGGCAAGGACGCCUUCGGGGACCACGGGUCCUUCCAGCGCAUCCUGAACAAGGUGGACGUGCCAGUCGUGGGCCGCAAGACCUGCGAGGCUGCCCUGGCCCACGCCCGGCUCGGCCAUAACUUUAGGCUGUCCGAGGGCGCCCUGUGUGCCGGGGGGGAGGCGGGGCGCGACACGUGUGAAGGCGAUGGCGGCGGCCCCCUGGUGUGCCCCGCCGGCCCCGGGGGCGCCUACCAGCUGGCCGGGCUGGUCUCGUGGGGCAUUGGGUGCGGGCGUCCUGGUGUUCCCGGCGUGUACGUGGACGUGGCUUACUAUGCCCGCUGGCUCCAUGACAUCACGUCCGUGCCCUGAGCACACUCACACACACACACACACACCAGCAGUCCUCGGUGUGGCCAGUGUAAGCAUACAUUAUGCUACUGUACGGCCUCUAUGGCUAAACAUUGUCCCUCUGUACCCUAGGUUACUAUUAUUUAUUAACGAAAUAUACACGUUUGUCGACGCCUUGUAUCAUUGUCACUCGAUAUAUUAUUAUCUGAAUGGAACAUGAAGUAGGCCACCCAGUCGGUCUCCAUAGGAUAGCUUCUUGCCAACGCCAACAUUACACUGCCUACCUAGCCUCCACCCCUUGCUUCUUGCUGCUCCCAUCUAGCAGUACCUAAUGCAAGUUAAAGCCCCUCACCUGUAGUUUGUAUUCUGUAGAUAUGCUUGAGAAAGAGACGAGUAGCCAGCUGUGGGCACCGCUCACUGUUUGUUUACCUCCGCGCGAAGCUGCCGAAGCACCGUUCCCAGCCCUCGAAGCAGUGCUGCCAAGACGGUGUGAAUAGACUACCUGCUAAACUCAGCAUAUCAAUAACAAAUCGUAAAGCAUACUAGAGAUGAUGACAUGAAAGAUAGGAGUAAGAUUAACACGAUAUCCAUUCAAAGCUGACGAGUCAAAUACCAUGAUAAACACACACACACACACAAAAAAAAAAAAAGUCCAUGAAUUGAGGGAAUUUUUGGUGCUUUCAACACUCUACAUAAGCAUGCCACUUAGUUAUGCAAGUAUUUUAGAAUAAAUUUGCCAAUUACUGACUGCAUCCCAUAAAAAGAUGCUAGGUUCUAAAAAAAAAAAAAAAAAUCCCAUGGUAAUACUUUUUCAUACAAUUAUUUUAACAAACUUUUUCAGUAGUAUGCACACAGACCUGCUUAAUAACACAAUACAUGAUGAGUCAAACGCACAGAGUGGAAGGCUUGAAAUAAUUUAAUCUAUACAUUUCAGUAACAAGAUACAAGUGAAGGCAAAGUAUAAUGUUAUCCAAGUUACAGGGACGAUGAGGGAUAAAAGACUCUACAAAACCAACAAAACACACACAAAGGAUAUAGAUUUAUACCUACUAAAGAUUAAUAUGGAUACAAAAAAUAUACCGAUGAAAAUAACAGCGGAUAAAACUUUCUUCCCUUAAAAAGAAUAAUGUCAUAUAUAAGACCUUUUGCUACCUAUAAUGUCCUACUGUGCAUAUAUUUGCACACGCGUUACAGGGAGACGGCACUGAUACAAAGUUAAGUAUCUAGUCAAGAGUAAGGCAUAUAACUCAGUCGAAGUGAGUGUUGGAGAAGCUUAACUCGUCUAAGUCAGCAAUUUUACAACAUGGAUUGCUAAUGACUAUAUUAAAGCUCAAUGUAUCAUAACUGAAAACCAGAUUAUCCUCAAACUGAAGCAAACAUCACGUGUUAUAGAUCAAGUCUGGAUGCAAUACUUCCAGUGAAUGGAUAUGGCGUAAUGUUUACCAGCAGUAUUGCAAGAAAUAGUAGUACCUUAUAAUACUCAGCCAAACAUCCUCUUUAUGCCAGUUAAUUUUGGCUUAUAAGGAUUGGUGCGGUACUUGCCCAUAACAUACACUCUCACCAUGUCCACUCACAGCAAAGCACUCAAGAGAAUCCAAUUUCUUUAACCAAAACCUUCUCUAAGAGUUCACAGUUCUUCACCAAUGAUACAAUUUAUAAUUUUCUGAAUACUCCUAUAAGAAGAAUACAUAUAUUCAUUCUAAGUUUAUAAAUCCACAGAGGAAUGGAUCUUACUGACCAAAUCUUAUAUUUCAUGUCCUAUCAUAUCAACCAAGAUGAGGAAAAUCAACAUGAGUCUGACAUUUGGUAUGUGUAAAAUAAUGGUUUUUAAUAUUCCUCCCUAUGCAUUUUCCUCAAUCAAAAUUGCAUUCUCUAGCAUGAGUACUGUUCCUAUAUUGAAAUUCAUAUACCAACUACAUAGCCACAAAUACAAUUAGGAUUAGGAGUGAUGCUAUUUCCUCUAUGAUGAGCAUUGAUGUUAGGAAAUGUAAGAUUCCUAAGACAAUAUCUUUGCCUGACAGAAUACAGUGGAAAGGAACAUUAGAAUGUCCUACAUGUAUCAGCUGACAAUGUAUUUGAGAGAAUUUAGGAAUUACAACCAAGAUCAAACAUGCAUCCUUUUAGUGCCAAGAGGAUGGAUAACAACUUGCUGAUGGAAAUGCCUGCCAGGCUUCCUAUCCCUAGUUAAAUACAAGUGCCUGCAUAGUCUCUCCAUGGGAUCUGCCCGCCCCAAGCACCCCUCAGCCAGUGCCUGCAUGUCACACUGUCAUGUAUGAAUUGUCACAUUUUACAACACACCAGCCUCUGACAUGCAUCACAUCCCCUGAAACAACAACAAGUCUGCAUGACACAUGCCAGCCCAUGUCAACUUUACCCCUGCAUGCCACACAUGGCUACAUUCCUGCCCCCCCCUGCAUGACACCCUAGCCAGCAUGACACAUGAGCCAGCACAGUAUCAAUCAAACAUUAACCUAAAGCUUUGCUUAAGUACAAUGGAAAACAGGUCAUGAAUUGAUCCAUUUAACAUUAUCAUACUAAUUGAAGUUCAAAUUGUACACAGCAUAUUGCCUAACAUCAUAGUAUUAAUGGCUUCAGAGUACAUUAAACUUGAAAAUAUAAAAUUUUGUUAUACAAAAAUCUGUCUAGCAUUGCUACAAACUAUAACUAUUGUACGUGUGGAUGCAAUAGUUCCAUAUGCUGUACAGCAAAAUUAAAGGUCUCUUUUUACAUUAUAAUAAUGCACCUGGAAGAGUUACACCACAAAUUUUACCAAUCAAGACAACAGACAGAUUCCAAACUUGACACAUCAGUGUUUGCAGCACAACACAACUAAACACAGGUGUGACAGGCAGUGAGCGGUGCUGUUAUCAAGAGAUUACUGACCCUUAACAAAUCAGACAAUGAUGGCAUUUACAAACCAUUCCUUUCAGAUAUUUAGUCUUGCUGAGUGUCGAAAAUUCUGUGAUGCCCUAAUACACAAACACAUGUGCAAACAGUCACAUGAUACAUGGAUGAAAAGUAUGUUCUAAUUAUCGUUUGUCGAUUCCUGUAAUGUAACCACUGUAUGGCGUAGCUACACAAAGCCAAAGAAAUAGUAGUUAUUCAAGAAAAUAGAUGACUUGAAAAUUCAUCAAAUACUAAGUCCUCCACAACUAUGAAGUGUAUAAAAAGAAUUUAUUACAAAAAAUAAAGAGAAAAAUCAUUUUUAAAAUAAAGCCAACUGAAUAUCCUUCAGUACACUUUUAUCUUUCCUAACCUCUACUUAAGGGUCUAGCACUGAAUGCAUCUAUGUAAUAUAUAUGUGUAGUACAUAUGCUCCUUUGCCUUGACACCAUACCCAGCAGUUGACGAGAGCAAUCAUCUGUUUUAUUAUGGUAUACACAGAGUCCUUGCCAGGCCGUGAAGCCUGUGAUGUCCACCACACCCGAAGCCACGCCAGGAAUACCAAGUGCUACAACCAAUUGUCACCACCUUAAAAAGAGGCCAUAAAACAAGAAGCGGACCUCAGGCCACUACAAGAGCCCACCCUGGCCUAGAUGCUGCUAAAAUAAUUUCUGAUAUCUUCAUGCACUCUGCAGCCUUUACCUUAUUUCAGCCAAAGAUUUAACAGAGAGAAAAUAAGUGUUGGAUUAAACAAAAUCUUGUAAUGGGUAAACAAUCAUGUACAAGGAUAAUGUGAUGUGGGAACUCGAGUGAGAAGCUGUACAUGUUGAUGGGAUGGAUUUUGGUACAGAAUGUGAUGGUGAUUCAGUCAGAAAGGACAAUACAGGUCACUUUAAUUGCUUGCAACUUUUUGUAAACUAGUUAACAUUUACACACUAUAAACUGCUGAUAUUUACAGAUAAAUUUGUGUUUCUGAAACAUAAUUAUAACUUCUGAGUUACAUAGCAAUAAACCACAUUUACAAAUUUACAGAUUUAUGUAUUAAGUCCCCUAAGUGCUUAUUAUUAUUUUUUAUGAUGGUGAUAACUCCAAAACAAGCAUAACCAUGUCCAGCAUUCCUGCAUCUUGAAGGCCUUCUACAAGCAAAGUACAGGUGUGAGUAGUAGAUGCAAAGAAAGCAUUGCCAGCAGACUUGAACAUGUAAAACUUUUAGGACACAUGUAAUGAAAGCUCUGCAGACAUGUGGCUGUAGCAGUACUUCUGUACUUUAACACACUGCUCAAAAGUACAUUUCAUUGCUGAGAGCUUAUUAAAACAUUUCUUUAAUACAUAUUAUGUGCAUUUCAUUGCUGAGAGCUUAUUAAAACAUUUCUUUAAUACAUAUUAUGUGUUAUUGGGUAUACAUUUGAAGCCUGGCAGACUUUGGUCACCGUCAUAUUGCUUACAUCCAAGCAACAAGUAAUUCCUUCAUUUAUGCCAUGACUUAGAAAGUGCAAAUGAGAUCCCUUUUCUUUCUGACAGACUUGGUAUAUCCCAAAAUUUCCUGAUUAUUGAAUAAAGAGCCAGUAAGCUUUGAAUGGACCCAAGGAUACAACAUUUUCUUUCUCCCUCACACAAAGUUUUCCAUUGAUCUGCUUCCUGGGCAAUACAGCCAAUAAACAGGAGUUCAUCACCUUGUGAUUUGGAAUUACUCAGCAGGUUUAUGCUACUGGAAUGUCAAAAGUAGUCUAAUGACAGUUUACUUCAGGGGAAAUGUGUCAUAUGCAGCCAGUCAAACUAUCAGGUUAUCAUUUAGAAGAAACAUUCUGCCAAAGCAUCUUUGACUUAAGCAACAGUUUGUAAAAUUCACAAUACUAUACACUUUGGUGCAAACAGUGAGAUUAACAAAUUUAGUUCUGAAUGUUAAACUAGUGGCUCGCUGGUUAAAAAUCAGCAUAAGCUGUUAUACCUAUGAGCUACAGAAUGUUCCUGAUGUUAACAAUAUUACCGAGAGCUUGGACAUUAAUGAUUGACUUUUUACACAUGCAGGAUUACGCAAAUAUCCAUUUUUUCUGAAGUGGUGCUAAGAUUUUACAAGGAGUUAAGUGACAGUUCCAUGCCUAUUCAGGGAGCCUUGAUCAACAGUCCCUGCCUUGACCGAUGAGGAUCUAAUCGUGAUGCUCAAAACUUGCACAUAAAGUAUAUCUGUAUCUCUACUUAAAAAUGUGCUCCAUAAAUAUGAUCAACAUUACAAUGAAAUAUUAUCAUUACAUGGCCAGAGAACAGCACUAGUGGAGAGCAUCACUAAGUCACUGCAUAGAUCAGGGGACACCAGGUGACUCACGGCUGUUAACACCCUCAUGUUCCUUUCCUGGUUUGGUUACUCAAAUUCUGCUCCACCAUCACACACUUACAAUUCAUGACUAAGGCACAUACAAAUAACCUUUUUGUAUUUGAUGGAGACUGUUGGAUUUAUACAGUUAAUCCCAUCUCAAAACCAGGACACCCCCUUUAUUGUAAUUUUGAUAUACAGUACUAUUCUAAAUUUCUAAAUCAUUUAUCCAAAUGCAAGUUUUCAAACCCUUAUAUGAAUGUUACUAAUUUGACAAAUUUGACAACACAAGGAAUGCCUGUUUUACAAUAUACCUAAACUAUAUCCUUGAUGCACCAGCUGAUACAGGUUGAACCUCAGUUUGACAGAAACCCAAAAAUAUGAUAGAUUCAAAUGGUGAACAGACUACGGAUCUUGAGCGGCCGGCUCCAACCUCCAUCAACUGCCGUAACACAUGACUCUUAACUUGGCACACUCUGCUGCUUUAAACCAUAGGUUUUCAUGAUAGAAAACGUCCCUAAAUGAACAAGUUCUUUCAUGCAAUACAUUCUGGAUAUUGUAUAAAAAAUAUCCCUAUGUGAUCUAAGACUGUUGGGUCUCAGACAGAAACAUAUUGCUAUUCUCAAAGUAUUAGCUGAACUCAGAUAUGCUGUAUCAGUUCUAUAAGAAUUCACAUUUGAUGCAAUUUCUAUAACUAUCAACAAGUGUUCAAUCUGGAGGUGGAAAACACCUGUUUAGUGGGUAAAAUUUAAUUCAUUGUCUAUAUAAUGUUAUAUUUGCUAAAAAGUUUAUGAACAUUGUAUUUUACAUUUCAACCUCCAGUGUAGCACAACCUUGGCCUUCCUGUCCUCAUAAAGUGAGGUUCAACCUGCCAAACAGGUUACAUUUCAAUUUCUAUUUUUCUUUAUCCGAAGCAUCUCUCAGUAACUGAAUCCACCUUCAGAUACUUUAAAUAUACUUCAUCACUUUAAACGUGCAUUGCAAGAAGCUCAUUGUUGGACAUUUUGAAUAUUCAUGCAAAAAAAGGGAGUUCUGAAACUUAUCAGUGUCUACACUGUGCCAAAAUGUGUUAACAGUGAGUUACUUUGUCUAAGUAAGCAUGACAGUUCAUGUUCUACUGAAACACACACAAAUUUAUGUAAAACACCGAUGAAGAAAAUUUACAACUUGACUAAGUAUCAAGAAUUUUACAGGAUGAAUAAAACAUACAAAAAAAUCUUGAGUGGCUUCUUACAAACUUCUUAUAAUACUGUACAUAACUGAUCUAAUUCAACUAUGGAUGUCUUAAUAUACUCAAAAAAAAACAAAAAAACAAAA